AUGCGGCUUGCCGUGCGCCGGCUGCUCGCGGUGCGGCGAGCCGCGCCCAGGACGCUGCGAUGUUCGGCGCGCGCGCUGUCUGACAAGGUGAGCUUCACCUUUGUAGAGGAGGGGGAGGAGGUGCCUGUGGCUGUCGAGCACGGUAAGACGCUGCUCGAGGCGGCGCACGCCAACGAGGUUGACCUCGAGGGUGCGUGCGACGGUUCGCUCGCGUGCUCAACGUGCCACCUCAUCCUCGAGCAGGAGCUCUACGACCAGCUCCCGCCGCCCGAGGAGGAGGAGCUCGACAUGCUCGACCUCGCGUUUGGCCUCACCGAUACGUCGAGGCUCGGCUGCCAGUUGAAGGUGGGCCCCGAGUUCGAGGGCGCCAAAUUCACGCUGCCCGGGCCCGACACCUGA